CCAAUGGUGCCUCCAGCCUCUUCCGUGUUACAUAUAAUAACAAUUUCCGGCAUUCUUUUCUUCCAGUCUUGCUGUGAUAGACUUGUUCAGCGUUCCAAAGCGAACUCCCACUUUCGAUUCCAUUCUGAUUUUCUCGUUCCAUUGAACGAUUCAAUUGAAUUACGAUGCCCGCUUCAUCAUCUGGGCUGUGAUUUUAUUGCUACCCGCAUGCUUCCUCAUUUCUCAGACACAUCAACAGUUCCCCCUCCAGACGCUUCCGAUGGAGAUACACAUCUGACAUCUAAUGUAGACACACUUCCACCGGAAAUUAUGCUCCAUCUGGGCCAGUUUCUCGAUGAUGUCAGUCUGUACUGUUUUAGUCAAACCUCAGAUCGAUUGCAUGCACUGCUCACACCCGUACUUCGGCAGCGGAUGGUUGUAACACCUCACUGGAAGCGUUGUAUCCGUUCAUCUUACUCCAGUUCCGGAUGGCAAAUCGACCGGUUUGUCUGGUCAUUACCCUAUCGAACCGAUGAAAUUUUGGAAUGGCGUUGGUCCUCUGCUGGUGCGGAAAUGGCGGCGCACUUGAAAAUCUGUCCGUUCAAUGAUGUUGUUGUGCAGGCCGAACCAUUUUGUCUGACGAAUGGGACACGAAUUCCUUUCUGA